UGAUUGUGUCCAGCUUACUGAUGCCGAGGGAAUUGAACACAUAAUUGCUGAGUUAAUGGCUUGACUUGAGUUUUAAGUAAUUGCAUUAAUACUUACCUGCGUAGCUUCCUGGAACCUCUAUCUGUACUGAUUUUUCUUUUCUUUCUAAUCAUUCUAGUUCCACAAUCCCGUGCUCAGAGAAGAUUUCUUGAAACCACUACUUUCCAAUGGCAUCGAGCAGCCAAAGGGCCUUCACUUCAGCUACUGCAGUUUGUUCAUGGAAAUACGAAGUGUUUUUGAGUUUCAGGGGUGAAGACACUCGCAGGGGUUUUACAGACUAUUUAUACAAACAGUUGGACUGGCGAGGAAUUAGAACUUUCAGGGAUGAUCCAGAUCUUCAAAGAGGGGCAGAUAUCAAUCCGGAGCUUCUGACCGCGAUUGAACAAUCAAGGUUUGCAAUCAUAGUUCUUUCAACAAACUAUGCUUCGUCAAGUUGGUGUUUGCGUGAACUAACCCAUAUUGUUCAGUCCAUGAAAGAGAAGGAGAGAAUUUUCCCAAUCUUUUAUGAUGUGGAUCCCUCUGAUGUACGACAUCAACGGGGGAGUUUUGGGACAGCCCUCGUUAACCAUGAAAGGAAUUGUGGUGAAGACAGAGAGGAGGUGCUUGAGUGGAGAAAUGCUUUAAAAAAAGUUGCUAAUCUCGCUGGGUGGAAUUCAAAGGAUUAUAGGUAUGAUACAGAGCUUAUCACAAAAAUUGUUGAUGCAGUGUGGGAUAAAGUGCAUCACACAUUUUCAUUGUUAGAUUCCUCAGACAUAUUAGUCGGACUUGAUACUAAACUAAAGGAAAUAGAUCUGCAUUUAGAUACAAGCGCAAAUGAUGUGCGCUUUGUGGGGAUAUGGGGGAUGGGCGGAAUGGGUAAGACAACCCUAGCUAGAUUAGUUCAUGAGACAAUUUCUCAUAGUUUUGAAGGUAGCAGCUUUCUUGCAAAUGUCAGAGAGGUUUAUGCAACACAUGGUCUAGUUCCUUUACAGAAACAGCUUCUUUCCAAUAUCUUGGGGGAAACAAAUAUACAAGUUUAUGAUGCUUAUAGUGGAUUUACUAUGAUAAAGAGGUGUCUAUGUAAUAAAAAGGUUCUUCUCAUUCUUGAUGAUGUGGAUCAAUCAGACCAACUGGAAAUGUUGAUCAGAGAAAAAGACUGCUUUGGUUUGGGAAGUAGAAUCAUCAUUACAACUAGAGAUGAACGUUUGUUCGUCGAUCAUGGGAUAGAGAAAGUAUAUAAGGUCAUGCCAUUAACCCAAGACGAAGCUCUUUAUCUCUUUAGUAGGAAGGCCUUUAGAAAAGAUGACCUUGAAGAAGAUUAUCUAGAACUGUCUAAAAAUUUCAUAAACUACGCAGGAGGUCUUCCAUUAGCUCUUAAAACUUUGGGGUCUUUUUUGUAUAAAAGAAGUCGAGAUGAAUGGAAGAGUGCACUAGAUAAACUGAAGCAAGCUCCUGACAGAAAAAUUUUUCAAAUUUUGAAAAUAAGCUAUGAUGGACUAGAGGAGAUGCAGAAGAAAAUUUUUCUUGAUGUUGCAUGUUUCCAUAAGCUUUAUGACAAGGAAGAAGUGAUUGAAAUACUAGACAGUUGUGGUUUUGUUGGCACUCGUAUUGUGAUACAUGUUCUUAUUGAGAAAUCUCUCUUGUCUAUUUCAAACACGCAUCUGUCCAUUCAUGAUUUGAUACAAGAAAUGGCAUGGGAGAUUGUUCGUCAAGAGUCUUUUGACGAGCCAGGUGGUCGCAGUCGCUUGUGGCUUCACAGUGACAUCAUUCAUGUACUCACGAACAAUACGGGAACGGAAGCCAUUGAAAGCAUAGUCCUAUGCUUGCGUGAAUUUGAAGCGGCACACUGGAAUCCUGAAGCAUUCUCUAAGAUGUGUAAACUAAAGUUGCUCAAGAUUAAUAAUUUGAGCCUUUCUUUGGGCCCAAAGUAUCUUCCCAAUUCCUUAAGGUUUCUGGAGUGGAGUUGGUAUCCCUCCAAAUGUCUGCCCCCAAGUUUUCAACCUAAUGAACUUGCUCAACUUAGUCUGCAGCAGAGCAAAAUUGAUCACCUUUGGAAUGGAAUAAAGUACAUGGUGAAGUUGAAAUCUAUUGAUCUUAGUUACUCCGAGAACUUGACAAGGACCCCAGAUUUCACAGGUACUCAGAACCUUGAGAGGCUGGUUUUUGAAGGUUGUACUAAUCUUGUUAAGAUUCAUCCAUCCAUUGCCUCUCUCAAAAGACUAAGAGUUUUGAAUUUUAAAAACUGUAAAAGCAUUAAGAGUCUCCCAAGUGAACUCACUGCUGUGAGCAAAUGCCGUCAUCAAAUAUACAUUCCAUGGCGAGUUGAAGGAGCUGAUAUGAGUGGAAUUCUAUGA